AUGUAGUUUGCAUAGCAUCGCUGCACUAUAGUGCAGGUGACUACAGAUUAGUUGUCAGAGUGGCUGUGGACUGAUGUGGUGAUCAUGGCUGAGGAUGUGGCCGUGUCAGAGGAGACCUUAACAGAUGGUCUCACUCUGCUGGUGAACAUGGGCAAAGUUCUCCUACAGAACGCCAUGGAGGAGGCAGCAGACUCCUUGGAGAACUUUGUCCCACAUAAAAUCACCACUUUAUUCGGCCUGAUCACAGCUGGAGCUAAAUUCUACAGCAGCAUUGAAGUUAAAAAGAAAUGUGAAGCGGAGGCUGUUUGGCAGAAGUCUUAUCACAAUGCAGUGGUGAGAGAGCAGGUGCAGGAGCUUCAGCAGCUGGAGAAAGAGUGGGACUCUUUCCUGGAGAGUGUGGACAAAGAUCUGCAGACCACAGAUGUGCUGCUGUCUGGAGGAAAGACGGCCGACAGUCUGAGCCCAGAAACUCUAUUCACCGAUGGAAGAAGUGGGAAGAGUGUGACUCUCAGUCAGUACCUGGGUCAGGGUCAGAACCUGCUGCUGGUUCUGCUCAGACACUUUGGAUGACUGCCAUGACGAGACCACGUGACUGAGCUGAAGGCCAAUCAGGCUCUGCUGGAGGCUCGGUCAGUGCGGGUCUUGGUAGUGUCUUUUGGCAGCGUCGAGGGCGCUCAGCUGUGGUUGGAGCAGACUGGAUGUACCUUUGACAUUCUGCUGGAUCCACAGAGAAAGGUGUACAGAAGUUUUGGCCUUGGCUCCUCCUACGCCAAGGUGAUGAAGUUCGGCUGCCUGCUACAAUACUCAGACUAUGUAGUUGCAAACAUAGACUUCCCAGAUUUCCCCCAUCGUCUGCUGGAAGACAUCUACCAGCUAGGAGGUGACUUUUUGCUGGACAGUGCAGGGAAGGUACUUCUCUCUCAUCCAUCUAAAAGCCCUCUGGACAGGCCGACCGUGGAAGACGUCUUGCAGGCCGUGGACUCUGCAGGACAGUCCGCUAACUCUGCUUACAAGCAGAAGCUGUGAAAUUCAUUCAAACACAGCCUCAGGGGUACAAGUCGUUAAACGCAUCGCUGACUCCUCACAGCAAGCGCAGCUCUUUGGCUCGCGUUCAUGACGUCACACCUUACACUCAUGGCAUCAUGAAAGGGUGCGGCUGAUGUUCCAACGCGAGGCACAGACAUCUGCUCUUGGUGGUGAUGGCAGCAUUUCAAAUAAAGUACUGGAUUUAAUUAAAACAGAAUUUGACAAUAUAUUUGUAUUAUUUAAAUUUAACAAAGACUGAUGAUUUGUUUCAGAAAUUUUACCUUUUAAAGGUGCAUUUAAGAGGUUUGGAUUUUAGUGACCCCAAGUGACAGUGAAAGGUAACACAGUUUGAAUUACAUCAUUACCCACAAAUCAGACAGUGAUAUGACACUACUGCAGAAACAUUUUUAUAACAUAUUAUCUAUGAGCCAUGAGUAGUUUGAUGAUAAAAUCACAACCCAGAUAAGUCUGAGCAUUAAAAAUAUGAAGAAAAAAUAUACUGACAUAUUAAUUUAUGAUCAAGUAUGUACCCUUGCUUUAUAUAAAAAAAAAAUGUGACAUUUAUAUACAAAGUUUCUACACAUAUGUGAGAAUUUAGGCAAAAUUUAGCAAGAACUAUAACUUCUUUUGUAGCAUAAACAAGGAAUUUACCUCUAUAUUUCUGAACAGUUGUGAUAUUGCAAAGGUUUUGUCUUGGUAUUAAAAUUAAAACUCAUUUUAGUCCACUGAUUUAGUAGUACUAUUUAAAAAAAUGAAAAGUAACACGCCUUACGAGUGAAGCAAAUCUCCUUUUUACCUGUUGAACAUGUUUGAUCAGGAAGUGAUGCUGUACACUAUAAUAAACCUUCAGUAAAGAUUU